AUGGGCAAACUUAUUGCCUGCGUUUGUUUCUUCAUAGUCUUAGAAUAUGUGAAUAGCUAUGAAUGUUCCAAUGAGACAGUAGAUGCAGUAUCACAACAGUUGGCCGAGUUUAGAAGCAGACACCCGAGACCAAUUGGUGUGUGGACCAAGCAUAAUGGUGACCCAAUAGACAUCAGAGAUACCAUUACUCUAAACUCGGAUGUUUUCAACAACAAACAUCAUUUUCUUCUAACUUCUCACGUCGACAGAGAAAGAAUUCCAGAACGAGUGGUACAUGCAAAAGGGGUCGGUGCAUACGGAUAUUUUGAAGUUACUCACGAUGUAUCCAGAUAUAUCAAAGCCGAUGUAUUCAACGGUAUUGGAAAAAAAACACCUGUCGUUGGGCGUUUUUCUACAGCCACACAGAACCUUGGAGGCACUGACUUGGGCAGGGAAAUGAAAGGAGUAGCCUUAAAGUUUUACACAAAUGAAGGAAAUCUUGAUUUGAUAUGCUUAAAUAUACCAAUACUUUAUAAAGACCCUAUAGACUUCUUGUCCUUCAUACGAUCUUUCAGAAGGAAUCCUCGUACUGGAAUAUUUGACAAUACAAUGAGAUGGGACUUCAUGAUUAUGAGACCUCAUGUUUUGCACAUAAUUAUGUGGUUACAAUCUGACCUUGGUUUACCAGAUGGGUAUAGAAAGAUGAAUAAUUUUCCAAUCCAUGCAUAUGAGGUUUACAACAAAAAGGGAGAUAGGUAUUAUGUAAAAUUCAACUUUAGAACUGAAAUAGGGUUGUUCAAUUUAACCAAUGCUCAAGCGCAAGCAAUAGGAACUGAAGAUCCAGAUUAUUACAAUAGAGAUCUGUAUAAUGCAAUUGCAGCGGGUAACUACCCGUCUUGGAGAUUAGAAAUGGACAUUUUGACGAAAGAUGACUUAACAAAGAUUGAUUAUGAUCCGUUUGAUCUAACACGACAAUGGAAGAGAGGAACAUACAGAACCGUAACAGUUGGUAAAUUAGUUUUCAAUCGUCGUGUUGACAAUGUAUUUAAAGAUGUUGAGCAAGCUGCUUUUAAUCCAGAUAACUUAGUUCCAGGAAUAGUAGGUCCACCUGAUUCUCUAUUUAAAGCUCGAAGAGUUUUCUAUCCUGACACUCAACAUUACCGUUUGGGAGCAAACCAUGCAAAUACAGGAGUCAAUGCUCCUAUUUAUGACAGGAAUUAUAAUCGCGAUGGAAAACCACCUGUUUUGGAUAACAUGAAGGAUGCACCGAACUAUUAUCCUAAUUCUUUUAAUGGACCCAUGCCUUACGUUGACGAGGCUCGACCAACAGAACGUUUGUUUGUUUUGCAAAAUACUGCAGUAGACUUGCAACCCAUGUCUGAGUUUUACAAUGAAAUUGUAGAAAGUGACGCUCAUCGACAAAGGAUAGCCAAUAAUUUUGCUGCUUCAUUCGAAGGGGUACCCAGUGAUAUCGAGAGGAAGGGGCUUAAGUUACUAUCAUUAGUGGAUCCUGAUUUAGGCAGAAGAGUUAAGAUAGCGUUGAAUAUAGCCAAGGCUAAAGCAAUGAUACCUCUAAAGGAGAGAUAUGAUAGCAGAGCUCAGUGUUUAAGUACGACUUAG